AUGUCUUUCCCAUCUCUUCUCGUUCCAAUCAAAAAUGUCAAGGAGGAGGCUGAGAAGCCGAAAGUAGCAGUUUGGAAGGACAGACGGAAAGCGCUCCAAAGAACCGGUAUACAUGUACUACCUAUCAUGAUCACUAUUACUUUAUUUUUCUUGAAUGGGCACGAAAUAUACGCGAACUCAUUGGGUAAUGCUGAUGCAGAAGUAAAUACUCGGCUUAACGGACUGCAAUUCGUAGCUAAACAUGAAGCUUUACGUCAAGGAAUACCACUUGGUGGGUUUCUCAUCGCUUUCAGAGUCACUGAUCUUGGGUCGCUUCUCGGCCCGGAGUUGUGGGCUGCAGGUACAUAUGGACAUCAUUUCAAGCGUCGCUUAUUGUUUGUUGUCAUGAAGCUCUUUGCUAUGAUCUUAGCUGCCGUCUCUGGACCUGCGUCUGCAAUAUUGAUGUUGCCAUCCCUGGACUGGUGGAUUGUCCCAACGACAGAAUAUUCGACCUGGUCUACUACCCAUUUUACCCUAAACGCAGAAAAGUCUCAAGUUUGGCCUAAAUAG